AUGACCUUGAGUGGUUGUGGUAGUCUGGUCCUCCAGGAUACAACAAUAAACUUGCCUCGGAUAUGUGGAGCUUUGGAGAACAAGACCGGAAAACGGAAACCUGGCUUAUAUUUUGGAACUUGGAACAUUCUCAAACUUUUCAAACCUGGAGCAGCACAAUGCUUAGUCAAAGAAAUCAGGAGAUAUAAUUUAGGAGUGACAGUCUUGCGGGAGAUUAGGUGGAAUGACAAACGCACCUUGGAUCUUCAAGACACAAUUAUAUUUUACGGAGAAUGUAAUGGUCGAAGACAAUUUGGAACGGGUUUUGCUGUACACAAAAGUAUAGUUCCUUUGGUAAUAGAAUUUAAAAGUACUAACAAUAGGAUAUCAACAAUGACGAUUAAAGGAAAAUUUUUUGAUAUCACGUUCCUGAAUGGACACGCACCUACGGAAGAAAAAACACCUGAGGAAAAGGACGAAUUUUAUGAGAAUCUGGAACAAACCCUGAAUGAGACCUCCCGAAAUAGAAUCAGGAUAGUCUUAGGCGAUUUUAAUGCCAAAUUGGAAAAGGAAAGCAUAUUCAGAACAACCAUUGGCAAUCAUAGCAUGCAUGACAUAACUAGUGAUAACGGACUUAGACUUAUUGACUUUGCUAGUGGGGGAGGCCUUGUGGUGAAAAGCACAAUGUUCCCACGCAAAGAUCUACAAGGGGACUUGGAAAGCGCCUAA